UUGUUUGCCGAAGCGGUGGAAUCAGUCAUCUUGUGUUAAUGGUAUUGAUAACUCGUUUCCAAAGUUCCUCGAAUAGUUGGCGACAAUGAAGCCACGUUACUUUAAACGGUUCCUAAGAAAGUUUAUUCUAUUUGUUGUGACAUUAAUUGUUCUGACGGUGAUUACCAUCAAAGUGGUGGAGAAACGUUUGAGCAAACAACUGGCGGAUGAUUUAAGCAAAUCGGUGGCGGAGAAAAGCGCACAACACGGCGAUGUGCACAAACACGCUGAUAUACCAUUUUUACCAAGUUCUUCAAAUGGUGAGGAGGCCAAACUGCGACGACCCCGACCAGCUGUGAUAAAUGGCCAUCCCUAUAUUAGGCCAGUUUUGGAAGGUGAACUCAAUCUAACUCAGUUCUACGAUGUUAAUGUACCAUUCCAAUUGCCGGAACCCAAGGGCCCCAAACGCGACUGGCAUGAUUACGUGGCCAUCGAUAUGGACGCGAAGCGAGUGGGUCUUGGCGAACACGGAAUGCCGUCGUACAUCACCGAUGAGUCAAAGAAGGAAAUAGAAGAAACUUUGUACAAGGAAAAUGGAUUCAAUGCACUUUUGUCCGACUCGAUUUCGGUAAAUCGUUCGAUACCAGAUGUGCGAAGAGAAGAAUGUCGCCAUCGUCAGUAUCUAAUCCAUUUGCCAACGACAAGUGUGGUUAUACCAUUCUUCAACGAAUACUUCAGUGUUCUGAUUCGAAGUCUCUAUAGCAUCAAAAAUCGUACACCUCGCGAGCUGUUGCACGAAAUCAUCAUUGUGGACGAUUACAGUGAUCGGCAAGAGUUGAAACAGCAACUGGACGAUUAUGUGGCCAACUACUUUGGGGGAUUGGUGAAAAUUGUUCGAUUGCGGGAGAGAACCGGUUUGAUUGGGGCACGUCUCGCGGGUGCUCGCAGUGCCACUGGAGAUGUUUUGGUGUUCUUUGAUUCUCACAUUGAGUGCAAUUACAAUUGGCUACCACCACUGCUGGAACCCAUGGCCAUGAAUAAGCGUAUCUCAACUUGUCCCAUCAUCGAUAACAUCGAUCAUGCCACAUUUGCCUAUAGCGGGGGAUAUCAGGAUGGAUCCAGAGGAGCAUUCGAUUGGAAUUUCAAAUACAAACAAAUGCCGGUAUUGCAAGUUGAUGCAGUGGAUAAAACACAGCCCUAUCGAAAUCCAAUUAUGAUGGGAGGAUUAUUUGCCAUUGGCAGAGAAUUCUUUUGGGAGUUGGGAGGUUACGAUGAGGGCCUUGACAUUUGGGGAGCCGAACAGUACGAAUUGAGUUUCAAAAUAUGGAUGUGCGGUGGAAUGCUCUUGGAUGUGCCGUGCUCUCGUGUAGCUCACAUUUUCCGUGGACCCAUGACUCCGAGACCUAGCCCAAGAAACUAUAGUUUUGUGGCGAGGAAUCACAAGCGUGUUGCAGAAGUCUGGUUGGAUGAAUACAAGGAGUACAUCUACGAUCGUCUUACGGAUGCCAAAGAAAUUGAUCCAGGCGAUUUGACAAAUCAAAUUGCAAUUCGCGAGCAUUUAAAGUGCAAAUCAUUUAAAUGGUUUCUUGAGAAUAUCGCUCCUGACCUACUUCAGAUGUAUCCACCCGUACUACCGCCUAGCUACGCCACUGGUGUCAUUCAGAGUUUGGCCUUCCCCACGCAAUGUGUUGAUACCAUGGGCAAGAACCUCAACGCAGCCAUUGGUCUCUUCGGUUGUGCCGAGAACAAAACACAUCCGCACUCUAAUCAGUUCUGGGAUUUAAGCCAUUUCCAUGAUAUACGAAAUCACAAGGGAGAUGUGUGUCUGGACGUAAUGGAUUCCCAUGAAAAUGCCACCGUGUGGAUGUGGUCAUGUCACAAUAGCGGAGGAAAUCAAUACUGGUCCUAUGAUCUGGAGCAUCAAAUGAUUAGGCAUGGCGUCAAUCGAAGGUUUUGCCUGGAAGCCUUUGUGGCCAAUAACGAGAAGGCUGUUUACAUGAAUGCCUGCGAUAAAUUGAAUCCAAGAAUGAAGUGGACAUUUGGUUAUUUGAAUGAGACGGCCUUGAAUGAGGAUAUAGUAUGAUAAGAUAAUGUCUAAUUGGAUAAAACCUCGCCAUGCAUGUAACUAUUUUCUUUUUGUAGCCAAAUAUAUCACUUCAUUUUAAUACUAAAGGCAGGCAUGCUAACAAAAGGACUUAACUUAAGCGAUUAAUUAUUUUACGCUUCCACUUUGUACAGUACGACUUAUUAAAAAUAUAUUUAAACUAAAAUAAAUAAAUGUUAUAUCA